GAGGUAAUUAAAAGGUGCAGGAUGAAAAGAUGGCGCAGGCACGACUUGUACCGCCAGGACCAGACAGCUUCCAUUAUUUUACCAGGGAAUCACUUGAAGCUAUUGAGAAACGCAUUGCCGAAGAGAAGGCUAAGAAGCCCAAACAAGAGCACAGAGAUGAGGAUGACGACAAUGGCCCAAAACCAAGCAGUGACUUGGAAGCAGGCAAAAGUUUGCCAUUUAUAUACGGUGACAUACCUCCUGGAAUGCGAUCAGAACCACUGGAGGACCUAGACCCAUAUUAUAUGAAUCAAAAAACUUUUAUAGUAUUGAAUAGAGGGAAGGCAAUCUUCCGUUUCAGUGCCACAUCUGCCUUGUAUAUUUUAACUCCUUUCAACCCUCUUAGAAAAAUAGCUAUUAAGAUUUUGGUACAUUCAUUAUUUAGCAUGCUCAUUAUGUUCACUAUUUUGACCAACUGUGUGUUCAUGACCAUGAGCAACCCUCCGGAAUGGACAAAGAAUGUAGAGUACACAUUCACAGGAAUUUAUACAUUUGAAUCACUCAUAAAAAUUCUUGCAAGAGGUUUCUGUUUAGAAAGAUUUACCUUUCUGCGAGACCCAUGGAACUGGCUGGAUUUCAGUGUAAUCUUAAUGGCAUAUGUGACAGAGUUUGUGGACCUGGGCAAUGUCUCAGCAUUGAGAACAUUCAGAGUUCUCCGAGCAUUGAAAACAAUAUCAGUCAUUCCAGGACUGAAGACUAUUGUGGGGGCACUGAUUCAGUCAGUUAAGAAGCUUUCGGAUGUUAUGAUUUUGACAGUUUUUUGUCUGAGUGUAUUUGCACUAAUAGGGCUGCAACUUUUUAUGGGACAUCUAAGGAAUAAGUGUCUGCAUUGGCCUCCAGACAGUUCUGCCUUCCAAUUAAAUAUAACUUCCUACUUAAACAGCUCAAUGGGCGCCAAUGGCACAUUUGAAAAUAUAACAAUCAGCACAGUUAACUGGGAGGAGUACAUUGCAGAUGGAAAAAAUUUUUAUAAAUUAGAAGGUCAAAGGGAUUAUUUGCUCUGCGGUAACUCUUCAGAUUCAGGCCAAUGCCCUGAAGGAUAUAUCUGUUUAAAAACUGGGAAAAAUCCAAAUUAUGGUUACACAAGUUUUGACACAUUUAGUUGGGCCUUCUUAUCCCUCUUUCGACUGAUGACUCAAGACUACUGGGAAAAUCUUUAUCAACUGACUCUUCGAGCUGCUGGCAAAACCUACAUGAUCUUUUUUGUGCUGGUGAUUUUCUUGGGCUCCUUCUACUUGGUGAAUCUGAUCUUGGCUGUGGUUGCUAUGGCUUAUGAAGAACAGAAUCAGGCCACAAUGGAAGAAGCAGAACAGAAAGAGGCAGAAUUUCAGCAAAUGUUGGAGCAGCUGAAAAAGCAACAAGAAGAAGCACAGGCGGCAGCAGCAGCAGCACUGAAUGAAUCAAGAGAUUACAGUGAAGAAGGUGGGUUUGGGCCACUCUCAGAGAGCUCUUCAGAAGCUUCAAAACUCAGCACAAAAAGCGCCAAAGACAGAAGAAACAGAAAAAAGAAAAAAAGGCAAAAAGAGCUUGGAGAGGGUGAAGAGAAAGGAGACGAUGAGAAGUUUCCAAAGUCUGAAUCAGAAAUGAGUAUCAAGAGGAAAGGCUUCCGUUUUUCCAUUGAAGGAAAUCGGUUGACAUAUGAAAACAAGUUUUCUUCUCCACACCAGUCAUUGCUGAGUAUUCGUGGAUCUCUUUUUUCUCCAAGACGUAAUAGCAGAGCCAGUCUGUUUAGCUUUAGAAAUCGUGCAAAAGAUGUUGGAUCAGAAAAUGACUUUGCAGAUGAUGAACACAGCACUUUUGAGGACAAUGAGAGCAGAAGAGGCUCUUUAUUUGUACCAAACCGACAUGGAGAACGGAGGAACAGUAAUAUAAGCCAGGCCAGUAAGUCAUCUAAGAUCCUGCCGAUGCUUCCAGCAAAUGGGAAGAUGCACAGCACAGUGGAUUGCAAUGGAGUGGUCUCUCUGCUUGGUGGUCCAUCUGCUCCGACAUCGCCUGUUGGACUACUUCUGCCAGAGGUGAUAAUAGAUAAACCAGCUUCUGAUGACAAUGGUACCACAACAGAAACAGAGAUGAGGAAAAGAAGGCCGAGUUGUUACCAGGUGUCUAUGGAUUUACUAGAAGAUCCAGCUUCCAUGAGGCAGAGAGCGCUCAGUGUAGCUAGCAUAUUGACUAAUACAAUGGAAGAACUUGAAGAAUCCAGGCAGAAAUGUCCACCAUGUUGGUAUAAAUUUGCCAACACCUUUUUAAUUUGGGACUGCAGUGAGCACUGGUUGAAAAUAAAGCAUAUUGUGAAACUGAUUGUGAUGGACCCCUUUGUAGACCUUGCAAUCACCAUCUGCAUUGUUUUGAAUACUCUAUUUAUGGCUAUGGAGCAUUACCCUAUGACUGAUGAAUUCAGCUACGUGCUUAGUGUGGGGAAUCUGGUUUUUACAGGAAUCUUUACAGCAGAAAUGGUUUUUAAGCUAAUUGCCCUGGAUCCAUACUAUUAUUUUCAAGAAGGCUGGAACAUUUUUGAUGGCAUUAUUGUGAGCCUCAGUUUGAUGGAGUUGGGUUUGGCUAAUGUGGAAGGAUUAUCAGUUCUUAGGUCAUUUAGAUUGCUACGUGUCUUCAAGUUGGCUAAGUCGUGGCCUACUUUGAACAUGCUGAUAAAGAUCAUCGGCAACUCUGUGGGAGCUUUGGGAAACCUGACCUUGGUGUUGGCUAUCAUCGUGUUUAUUUUUGCUGUGGUCGGCAUGCAGCUCUUUGGUAAAAGUUACAAGGAAUGUGUCUGCAAAAUUUCAGAGGACUGUGAGCUUCCUCGCUGGCACAUGAAUGACUUCUUCCAUUCUUUCCUGAUUGUGUUCCGAGUGUUGUGUGGAGAAUGGAUAGAGACCAUGUGGGACUGCAUGGAAGUUGCAGGACAAACUAUGUGCCUCAUCGUGUUUAUGUUGGUGAUGGUCAUUGGGAACCUUGUGGUAUUGAAUUUGUUCCUGGCCUUGUUGCUCAGCUCAUUUAGCUCGGACAACCUUACAGCUACAGAUGAUGACAAUGAAAUGAACAACCUUCAAAUUGCUGUGGGAAGGAUACAAAAUGGAAUAGAUUUUGUUAAAAAAACAAUGCGUGAAUGCAUCCAAAAAGGUUUUGUUAAGAAGCAAAAAGCUCUAGAUGAAAUCAAACCACUGGAGGAACUUCACAACAAAAAAGACAGCUGCCUUUUUAAUCAUAACGCAGUUGAAAUAAACAAAGACUUUGAUUAUCAUAAAGGUGGAAAUGGAACCACAAGUGGCUUAGGCAGCAGUGUGGAAAAGUACAUUAUCGAUGAGAGUGAUUACAUGUCCUUUAUACACAACCCAAGCCUUACUGUCACAGUACCAAUAGCUGUUGGAGAAUCUGAUUUUGAAAAUCUAAACACAGAAGACUUUAGCAGUGAAUCAGACCUGGAAGAAAGCAAAGAGAAGCUUAAUAUGACAAGCUCCUCAGAAGGCAGCACAGUGGACAUCAGGCCUCCAGGUGUAGUAGCUGAAGGAGAAGGAGAGCCAGUAGAUUUAGAACCAGAAGAAGCAAUGGAACCUGAUGCUUGUUUUACAGAUGGCUGUGUAAAGAACUUUCCCAUUUGUUAUGUCAACAUUGAAGAAGACAAAGGAAAAUUAUGGUGGACAUUCAGAAAAACCUGUUUUCAAAUUGUUGAACACAACUGGUUUGAAACUUUCAUAAUCUUUAUGAUUCUUCUUAGUAGUGGAGCUCUAGCAUUUGAAGACAUCUAUAUUGAACAAAGAAAAACAAUCAAGACAAUGUUGGAAUAUGCAGAUAAAGUGUUCACUUACAUCUUUAUUUUGGAAAUGCUUCUUAAAUGGGUGGCGUAUGGAUUUGUCAAAUAUUUCACCAAUGCCUGGUGCUGGCUGGAUUUCCUCAUUGUUGAUGUCUCUUUGGUUAGCUUAAUAGCUAAUGCCUUGGGCUACUCAGAAUUAGGGGCAAUUAAGUCCCUUAGGACCCUCAGAGCAUUGAGACCUCUAAGAGCCCUCUCACGGUUUGAAGGGAUGAGGGUGGUUGUGAAUGCCCUUAUUGGAGCAAUUCCAUCCAUCAUGAAUGUGCUCCUGGUUUGUCUUAUAUUCUGGCUCAUUUUCAGCAUCAUGGGGGUAAAUCUGUUUGCUGGCAAGUACUAUCACUGUGUUAAUACCACAAAUGGCGAAAUGAUUUCUAUCAGUGUUGUUGACAAUGAAACUCAGUGCUUUGAGAUAAUAAAGGCGAAUGGAAGUGCCCGAUGGAAAAAUGUGAAAGUUAAUUUUGACAAUGUGGGGGCUGGAUAUCUUGCUUUACUUCAAGUGGCAACCUUCAAAGGGUGGAUGGACAUUAUGUAUGCUGCAGUUGAUUCACGAAAGCUACAUGAACAGCCUAAAUACGAAGACAACUUAUAUAUGUACUUAUACUUUGUCAUCUUUAUUAUAUUUGGAUCAUUUUUCACCCUGAACCUCUUCAUUGGUGUUAUUAUUGACAACUUCAACCAGCAGAAAAAGAAACUUGGAGGUCAAGAUAUUUUCAUGACAGAAGAACAGAAGAAAUAUUAUAAUGCAAUGAAAAAGCUGGGGUCUAAAAAACCUCAAAAACCCAUUCCUAGACCACCGAAUAAAUACCAAGGCUUUGUUUUCGACUUAGUUACAAGACAAGCGUUUGACAUCACUAUCAUGAUUCUCAUUUGCCUUAACAUGGUAACAAUGAUGAUUGAAACAGAUGAACAGAGUGAUGAGAUGGAGAACAACUUGUACUGGAUUAACUUGGUGUUUAUUGUGCUUUUCACUGGAGAAUUUGUUCUCAAACUAGUUUCCCUCCGCCAUUACUACUUUACAAUUGGUUGGAACAUCUUUGAUUUUGUUGUUGUAAUUCUCUCCAUUGUAGGUAUGUUUCUGGCAGACAUGAUUGAAAAUUAUUUUGUUUCACCAACAUUAUUCAGAGUUAUAAGACUUGCCAGGAUUGGAAGAAUCUUGCGUCUCAUUAAAGGAGCAAAAGGGAUCCGUACACUGCUUUUUGCAUUGAUGAUGUCACUUCCUGCUUUAUUUAAUAUUGGUCUUUUGCUUUUCUUGGUGAUGUUCAUUUAUGCCAUAUUUGGCAUGUCUAACUUUGCUUAUGUUAAAAAAGAAGUUGGGAUUGAUGAUAUGUUCAACUUUGAAACAUUUGGCAACAGUAUGAUCUGCUUAUUCCAGAUCACAACAUCUGGUGGGUGGGAUGGUUUGUUAGCUCCAAUUUUGAACAGCGGACCACCAGACUGUGACCCAUAUUUAGAACAUCCAGGGAGCUCUGUCAAAGGUGAUUGUGGCAAUCCUUCUGUUGGUAUAUUCUUUUUUGUUAGUUAUAUCAUAAUAUCAUUUUUGGUUGUGGUAAAUAUGUAUAUUGCUGUCAUUUUGGAGAACUUCAGUGUUGCUACUGAAGAGAGUGCAGAACCAUUGGGAGAGGAUGAUUUUGAAAUGUUCUAUGAGGUUUGGGAAAAAUUUGAUCCAGAUGCAUCACAAUUCAUACAAUACAGCAAACUGUCUGAUUUUGCUGAUGCCCUGGAUCCACCUCUACGUAUAGCAAAACCAAACAAAGUUCAACUAAUUGCAAUGGAUUUGCCAAUGGUAAGCGGUGACAGAAUUCACUGCCUUGACAUCCUGUUUGCCUUUACAAAACGUGUACUGGGUGAAGGUGAUGAAAUGGAUGCACUACGUCAACCAAUGGAAGAACGUUUUAUGGCAUCUAAUCCCUCCAAAGUCUCAUAUGAGCCAAUUACAUCCACUUUGCGACGAAAGCAAGAGGAGCUCUCUGCUAUUAUUAUUCAACGAUCUUUCCGGAACUAUCUUUUAAUGAAAACAAUUAAAAAGGCUUCCUAUUUAUAUAGAAAAGAUAAAUUAAAAGAAGCAAAUAGCUUGCCAAUUAAAGAAGACAUGAUAAUUGACAAGCUUAAUGGAAAUUCAACUACAGACAAAACAGAUGGGACACCCUCUACAACUUCCCCUCCAUCAUAUGAUAGUGUAACAAAACCAGAAAAGGAAAAACAUGAAAAGGACAAAGCGGAAAAAGAAGUAAAAAGCAAAGAUUCCAGGGAGAAUAAAAAAUAAAACUGCACAUUUCAUUUGUGUGAUAAAAUGUUUACAGCCUUGUGAAGAUGACCCA